CUGUGGAACUGGUUCACGAGCGUCGAUACCGAUCGAUCUGGGUCUAUCACGGCGCCUGAGCUGGAGAGGGCGCUGAUCAAUGGCGAUUGGACGCCGUUUGAUCUGGAUACGGUAAAGUUGUUGAUGAGUAUCUUUGAUGUGGAUCGGAGUGGGACUAUCACUUUCAAUGAGUUUGCUGGUCUCUGGAAAUACAUCAAAGACUGGCAAAACGUCUUUAGGCAUUUCGACCGAGACCGCUCAGGCUCCAUCGACGGCCCCGAGCUGCGCGACGCGCUCGCUCAAUUCGGGUACAACCUCUCUCCACAACUCCUCGACCUCGUUCAAAGGAAAUACGCGAACCAAACGGCUGUUCAUGGUGGCCCACCCCCUGGAAUAUCGUUCGACCGUUUCGUGCGCGCAUGUGUUGUUGUUAAGCAGUUGAGUGAGGCGUUCCAGAAGAUUGACACGGAUAGGGAUGGGUGGAUUCAGAUCAACUAUGAUCAGUUCAUGCAGACGGUUUUGACCUUGCCUUGA